GACGAGAUACGACAGGGGCAGCCAUUUUGGCAGUCAUCGCGGCAGUAAAUUGACAGGCACUGGCAGACUGUCAAGGAUGGUGGAUAACUGCUGUGCACCAGGUUGCACAAAUAGGCGUGGGAAAAAGAAAGGUGUAUCGUAUUAUCGCAUUCCUAAAGACGCGGAGAGGAGGGAGAAGUGGAUUGGAGCGAUUAAAAGAGCCAGGAGCCUUCAGAAAAAGACUGAAAGAUGGGACCCCCCGGCCGUUGGCUUUCGCUUAUGCAGUGAUCACUUCAUAUCAGGGAGAAAGAGUGAUAAUCCGUUGAGUCCGGAUUUUAUCCCCUCAAUUUUCGAUUACCUUCCAUCUCCAGAGAAGAGGAGACAUAAAACGAGACUGGAGGUUUUUAACAGAAGGCAGAAGGCUAAACUGCACAAAGUAGAGCAGGCAAAGAUAUCUGCAGAAGCCAUCCGUCAAAGCAGUGAAUGGAGGAUGAGCAGCCCGGGACAGAGCAGAGGGACAUCAGCUGACCUCUUUGAAGACUUAUGGAAACAGCUUAGAGAGUGCCACCAGAAUGCAUUUCAAGAACUUGAGACAAAAGUGAGCAAGUUGAAAAAGGAGCGAUACUUAGAUGCUCAGAGACUUGAGGUGUUUCACAGUCGCACCCAGCAGCUAAAGGAGCAAAACAAAACCCUCCAGGAUGCCAUCAUUCUGCUGGAGGAAAAGCUCCAUGCAGGAGGGUGUGAUCGUUGUGCCAGCUUAGAGGAGGACAUGAAAAAUAACCAGGAUCAGAAUAUUCGACUCCUCGGCAAACUCAAGAAUGAAAACAAAAGCCUCGAGGAUGAUAAGAGAAAACUACGUGCUGAACUGCAGAAAUUAAAGGUUUCUUGUUCAGCGCCCGAGCAGAUCACAUCCCCAGAACAAGAGGAAGGUAUCAUCCCAGACUCACCGAUCCUGCCAAGCACGCUGCCUGUAACAAACAAACUCAAGAAACGAAAAUGCAUUGACAAAAUGAAGCACGUACGCUAUGCAGAGAGGCCUCUACCACAGGCUAACAACUCGCUCUUCAGCGCACUGGAUAAGGAGCAUGUUGAUGCAACGAAGAAUCCUGGAAGAGCACAAGUUCUUGUACCCAACACAUGUGAACUGGACACAACAGAAAUAUCAAAUGAUGUGAAUUUAAAUCUGGAAGACGCUAUAGCAGAAACCUGCGGCCUUGAACUUAUUAACAAGCCUUACCGGAAAAAAGAGACAACUGCAGGCCAGAAAAGCAGCUCAAAAUCUCCCUUGAAGUAUGCCAUUCAUUCAAACCCAGACUCCACCUCAGAAAGGUCUCCGUCGCUUCUCCCACGUGUCAAAAGGUUUUCUGGGGAGGGCUCCGUUAACAAAGCAAAACGGAAAAAGGAGGAACGUUUUCUGCAACAGGAGGACAAACAAGUAAACCAGGAAGGGGCCGACACACAGAACGGAGGCAAACGAACUUCCACGCCUUUACGCAACCAAAGCUUUAAGCAGGGGCUGCAUGACGGCAAGUCUGCACAAAGUGGGUCUUCCAACCACAAGCCAAGUGUUUCCUGUUUGAGUCCUGCUUUCAAGAAGCCAAAUGUUAAAGGAGAAGAAAACAAGAACAGUGUUGGAAGGAAUGGAAAAGCUCAGCAGGAUCCGAAUGCCUCACACAACCAACAUGGAGGAGAAGAUGGUAAAAGGAGGAUUAAAGUGGAGCCCAUGUGGAGCAUGGAUCCUGCUCUCGUCCCAUCCAUGUAUGACAGUGAGUGGAGAGGGGAUGAGCCAAAGGAAGAAGAAGAGGAGUGUCCUGCAGAUACUGACCGCACUUGGGUCAGUCACAGCCUUCUCCAACGCCGGGGAGAAAAUGUUCAGGACAGCAAAAACAGUGUGUCUGGACCGGGAGAGAAGGCAAAUGACAGUUUGGUUAUGAUGUUUGACACCACAGCUUGCGGGGAGUACAACUCACACUUAGACCAGAGCCAGCCCUGUGGUGGCGAUGAUGAAGAGGAGGACGAUGAUCCUCAUGAAACCACUAUGAGCCAAAUCAGCAGACGCAGAGCCCGAGGUCCAGCGUUUGCACACUUGGCUGUGGUCCGCAAGAAAGACGAGAGAAGAAAACUGAAGGGCACUACCUGCAAGGAAUGUGACAUUUAUUACGCCCAUCUCCCAGGAGAGGAAAAGGAAAAGAAGUUAUCAGCAUGCUCGAGGCACCGGUUUCUGUACAUUCCUCCUUGUACUCCUGAAAACUUCUGGGAAGUUGGAUUCCCAUCAACUCAAACCUGCAUUGACAGAGGUUAUAUAAAUGAAGAGAAGAAUCCCCAGGCUCGUACUCGGAGAAGACAACCCUACAAUGCUUUAUUCUCCCCCCUAAAGCUAAACCAGGAAGAAAGCUAAAAAACUAAAGUGUGUUUUUGAAAAAGGCUCAUCACGUCUGUUUCAUACAGUGAUCUUACUCAGAAAGUUGACACCUUGUUAUCUUUUGUUGUUCCAUUUAAAUUCUUUAAUGCAGGUGUUUUCUGUAUGUCUGACUGACCUAUGUUUAUUGGAGAUUCAGAUAGUGACAGAGUUUGCUUUGGGUAAAUAAAAAUGACUAAUGUUC